AACUCCUCAAAAUGUCAGGCCACAGCUGCAGCUGCUAAGCAGCUUUAUCUAUGAUCUCAUUACCAUCAUCUUCUCUCUUCUUUGCUUCCCUUUCAUAGUAAUGAUUCCACUCUGAUGCUUCUUCUUCCCUUUCUCUUUUUUUCUCUGUAUCAAUUACUACACUUUUUCCAAGAAAACCAAAAAGCAAACUAAAGUUUUUCAUUUUCAUUUUCUUUUUCUUUCUGUGUAUGUGUUAAAAUCUGUAGCUCUUCAGAAUAGGUGCAGAAAGUUUUGUUGCUUCAGAUCCCAAAAUAUAUGCCAUCUUUUUCCCUCUCUCUCUCUCUCCUCAACCAAUAGUAAGAAAACUGUCUGCUUUAUGAUUUUGCUCAUAUUUUCUUUGAUCAUAUUUCUCUGAAACCAAACAGUCCAAAAGUAUACAUCAUCAUAUCAUAUUAUCACUGUCUAUUAUCAAGUACAUCAAGAUUCUCUUCAGUGGUGGUCCUAAAAACCCAAUAUUUCUUUCUUUUUUAACCUUUUUAGCUUUUUCCACACAACUCCUUUUGUUUAUAUGUUGUAAAAAGAGGAUCUUGGUUAUUUUAGAAAUGCAAGAACAAGGAGUUGGAUUAAUGGGGUCAAGUACUGGAGGAGGAAUUGGUGGUUUAGGACCUUUAGGUGAUGUUUCAAUGGUGAUUUCUGAGGAUAAUCAGAGACAGUUAAAGGGUGAAAUUGCUACACAUCCUUUAUAUGAACAGUUACUUUCAGCACAUGUAGCUUGUCUUCGUGUAGCUACACCUAUUGAUCAGUUACCACUUAUUGAAGCUCAGUUUUCUCAGUCUCAUCAUCUUUUGCGCUCUUAUGCUUCUCAACAUCAUUCUCACUCUCUUUCUCCACAUGAAAGACAAGAACUUGACAAUUUCUUGGCACAGUAUUUGUUAGUUUUAUGUUCCUUUAAAGAACAGCUUCAGCAACAUGUCAGAGUUCAUGCUGUUGAAGCUGUCAUGGCCUGCCGUGAAAUUGAGCAGAAUUUACAACUUCUUACAGGAGCAACACUUGGAGAAGGAUCAGGUGCAACAAUGUCUGAUGAUGAGGAUGAGCUACAAAUGGAUUUUUCAUUAGAUCAAUCAGGAGGUGAUGCACAUGAUUUAAUGGGUAUGGGAUUUGGUCUUCCAACUGAAUCUGAAAGGUCCCUUAUGGAGAGAGUCAGACAGGAAUUAAAGAUUGAGCUUAAACAGGGAUUUAGAUCAAGAAUUGAAGAUGUGAGGGAGGAGAUAUUGAGAAAGAGAAGAGCAGGGAAGUUACCUGGUGAUACCACUACUGUUUUAAAGAAUUGGUGGCAGCAACACUCCAAAUGGCCUUAUCCAACUGAAGAUGAUAAGGCAAAACUUGUGGAGGAAACAGGUUUACAACUGAAACAAAUAAAUAACUGGUUCAUCAAUCAAAGAAAGCGCAAUUGGCAUAGCAACUCACAGUCUGUGACAUCUCUAAAGUCCAAGCGCAAGAGAUAAAGAGAAAAUUUGAAAACAUCUCUUGAAAUCAAGAACAUAUAUAGGGUGAUGGUUAUCAUAUGAAUAUCAGAAAAUCUUAGAAAAGUCACUUAGAUUAGGCCGGAUUGUAAUAUAUGGUACUCAGAAUGGUAUACAUAUAUGGAAUGGUAGGAGUAAUUCUGUUUUUUGAAUACAACUAACACUUUUGAGCUGUGGAAUGACACUGUUUCUUGUAAUUGUAAUGGUUUAGUUGUUUAUGUUUUCUAAGUAGAAAGGUAUCAUACAAACAGAUAAGAGUAUUGAAGCUGAUAUUAACUUUUGAGUAUCACUGUA